AACACUGAUCAGAAUGGCUACUGUGGUUUCUAUAUUCAAGACUUUGGAGUAGAUCAUUCUUGUUUUACAGGGAUGCUUCUCAUUUGACUUGAAUCUUGCAUUAAAUAUACUUGGUGGUGGGUUAUCAUCACAAUGGGUGGGAUUUGCUCCAAGUCGAGGAGAUCCACUGUUGAGGAUGUCGCUGCUAAUAUUGCUUCCACCGGAAUCCUUCCUAAUGUUAAUGGACAUGUCUCUGCCGGCGUGCCUGCCAAAGUAAACAGAAACUCCACACCGUCACCGGUUACUGAUAAGCAAUUACGAGACCCUUUCAUGGUGCCGGAGACCAAUACUAUGGUGCCUUAUGGAAUGAUCACGGAUGAUGUCAAUGACGGCAUUCCUCAUUUGUCUAGAGCCUUAUCGCAAAAGAGUAGAGCUACCAAGUCUAAGGUAUCAGAAGUGAGCUCACGUCUGGGCAAGGCUGGUACUGCAGGACUUGGGAAGGCUGUGGAAGUGUUGGACACCCUUGGGAGUAGCAUGACAAAUCUGAAUCCUAGUAGUGGUUUUACCUCUGGAGUGACAACAAAAGGGAACAAAAUUUCAAUUUUGGCUUUUGAAGUUGCAAACACAAUUGUGAAGGGUUCAAAUCUAAUGCAAUCCCUUUCAAAGGAUAACAUCAAACAUUUGAAAGAGUCUGUGCUUCCAUCCGAAGGGGUACAGAAUUUAAUAUCGAGAGAUAUGGAUGAACUCCUGCGAAUUGCUGCAGCUGACAAGAGAGAAGAACUCAGUGUCUUUUCGGGAGAAGUUGUGCGUUUCGGAAAUCGUUGUAAAGAUCCUCAGUGGCACAAUUUGGAUCGCUACUUUGAGAAGUUGGGUACAGAACUUACACCUCAGAGGCAAUUGAAGGAGGAUGCAGAAAUAGUGAUGCAACAACUAAUGGCCUUAGUUCAGUAUACAGCUGAACUAUAUCAUGAGUUGCACGCAUUGGACAGAUUUGAACAAGAUUAUCGGCGGAAACUUCAAGAGGAGGACAACUCCAAUACCACCCAAAAAGGCGAUAGUCUUGCACUUUUAAGAGCCGAGUUGAAGAGUCAAAGGAAGCAUGUGAGAAGUUUGAAGAAAAAAUCACUCUGGUCUAGGAUUCUGGAAGAGGUCAUGGAGAAGCUUGUGGACAUUGUGCAUUACUUGCAUUUGGAGAUCCAUGAAGCAUUUGGUGUUGCUGAUACUGAUAUAGCUGUGAAAGGUUCUCAAAACCAUCACAAAAAGUUGGGGUCUGCGGGUCUUGCCUUGCAUUAUGCAAAUAUUAUCACACAAAUCGAUACUCUCGUGUCUCGGUCAAGUUCUGUGCCUCCAAACACACGAGAUACGUUAUAUCAAGGGCUGCCUCCUGGUAUAAAGUCUGCUUUGCGCUCAAAACUACAGUCAUUUCAGGUUAAGGAAGAGCACACAGUCCCUCAAAUCAAAGCUGAAAUGGAGAAAACUUUGCAGUGGCUUGUUCCAAUUGCUGCUAACACCACCAAAGCUCAUCAUGGCUUCGGUUGGGUCGGAGAAUGGGCAAACACUGGGUCUGAGAUGAACCGAAAACCUACUGGUCAGACUGACUUGUUGAGGAUUGAGACACUACACCAUGCUGAUAAAAAUAAAACAGAGUCUUACAUUCUUGAGCUGGUGGUGUGGCUACAUCAUCUGGUCAACCAAGUGAGGGUUGGAAAUAAUGGAAUCAGAUCUCCUAUUAAAUCCCCAAUUUACUCCCCAAACCAGAGGACAAUUCAGUUAUCUAUAAACAAGGCCAACUGUCCAUCCCCUGUAUUAACGGUUGAAGAUCAAGAAAUGCUAAGAUAUGUAAGUAAGAGAAAACUGACACCGGGGAUCAGUAAAAGUCAGGAAUUUGACACUGCAAGGACGAGGUUCAGCAAGUACCAUAGGUUAAGUAAAAGUAGUAGCCACUCUCCAACAAGUGAGCGAAGGAAAGAUCCUUUUCCCAUAAGGAGGCCCUCUUCCGUACCUGUCAUUGACUUUGAUAUUGACAGGAGCAAGGCAUUGGAUCUCAUUGAUCGAGUGGACACAAUUCGAAGUAUUUGAGGAUUGGCAGACGUGCGAAGUCUCCAUGUGUAUGUGUAAUAGGUCCAACUGCUACAAUUUUUCCUUGGAAGCGGCUCUCAGGUUGUGGCAAGGGUGAUGUUGUGUUAGUAAGCAAAUG